GACCCGGUUUGAGCCGAACGGAAAAGAGAAAGGUCGUUCGACGUUCUCGGAUUCCCUCGAUGAUGAUGAUGAUGGGUGAGGAGAUUGAUACAUGCCAUGGUAAAGACCGAUUCAUGGUGUUGGACAUGUGAGAAGAAACAUACUCGAUGGGUUGGCAUUAGUAUAUAUGUAAUGUAGGCGGCAUGCGGUGCUCGGCGUGUCCUUUUUGGAUGGCUGCACUUAUUUCUCAAAGCUCAGUAAUACUCGAGACAUAAUUAUAUUGGCCAACUUUGGACGGCCUCUCUACAGUCCCUUACACAGAGAAAAGCUUCGGCCACAAUGGAUUCUUUGGUUCGGUCUUCCUAUCUAAGAAUGCACAGGUAAGAAGAUUAUAGCUUCGUGGUGGGAUCAGAAUCUAUUCUCAGUUCCUACACUGGGAAAGCACUGACAUAUAUCUUUAAUCCUUUGACUGGGGCAAGCAAGUUUCGGCCAUUAGUCUCUGUUCUUCUGCCUGUUGGAAUGGGAGAGGAGAAGAGAAGCCCAAGAUGACAGAGCAUUCUGUCCACUUACAGCUUGCCUCUUUGUAAGGUUUUUGAGAAGCUUGUGUUGCAGAGACGCCAUAUGCCAAGGAUGGUUCCAAAACGUUGGAUGGGAAGGGAAAGGGAAGGAAACAGGGCGGAGGUCCCUCAAAGAAAACAAUGACUGACAACACACAUCUAGGAACAUGAGAAAAAAAGACACCCAGAAUCGAGUGGAUUGCCUCCUUUAAACCCCAAAAGCAAGUACUUGGAGGAAACCCAAAGAGCAUGCAUGCACCCACAGCACCCCCACACAACCAGAAAUGAAAAGAAGAGAAGGGAAAAAGGAAAAGCUAAAGAUGCUGCUGUCCCUCGUGAGUUGUAUUCCAAUGCUUCAUCCUCCUCCUUUUUCUACGCCUACCUAUAAAACCCAUCAUUUUAGGCACAAAAGAAAGAGAUGAAGAAGAGGAAAAGAAACAGUGGGCAUCACUUUAAGCACCCAACAUCUUGAUUACCAUCCCAGCAUGAGAGGACUAUAUUAUACCUGCAGCACCCCAGCAAUUAAGCCUGUUCUUUUGGUUGCCUCAUGUUACAGAAUCAUGCCUUGUCAGAGGAGGCUACGCCACGCUCUUUUGAAGAAGAAGGAAGAUUGAUAUGUCAUUGGUGGGAGUCAGAGCGGUUUAGUUGAUUGCAGAAGAGGUUUGAUCUGAGAUGAGAGUGUCCGGCGGAAGAGGAAGAAGAUAAGGAAACAAGGCGGAUUCACUGGCGGCUACGACACUCUUCCGAUGGUUCUUCUCUCGCUUGGUGUUCUUCUUCUGCUUGCUGGUAUGAGUCCUGUCUUCUCGGAAGCCGCAGCCAACAACACAUUCCGACCAGGAGAAGAGCUUCGGAGUUACAGGCGCGUCAGAGCUCAUCUCAGGAGGCUGAACAAGCCUGCGGUGAAGACAAUUCAGAGUCCAGAUGGUGAUACCAUCGACUGCGUGCUCUCUCAUCUUCAACCAGCAUUCGAUCAUCCCAGACUGAAAGGAAUGAAACCUCUGGAUCCACCAGAGAGACCCAAAGGCCACAGAGCUGAUGCCGCGACCCAGAACAGCUUCCAGCUGUGGAGAGUUUCUGGUGAGUCGUGUCCAGGUGGAACCGUGCCGAUCAGGAGGACGAAGGAAGAAGACAUCCUGCGAGCCAGCUCAGUCAAGAGGUUUGGCCGGAAGCUGGCAGUGAGAUCAAGGCAUGAUUCCGAGACCGGCGGCCAUGAGCACGCAGUGGGCUAUGUGGUGGGAGAUCAAUACUACGGCGCAAAAGCAAGCUUGAAUGUGUGGGCACCAAAGGUGACGAAUCCUUCCGAGUUCAGCUUAUCGCAAGUAUGGGUCAUCUCUGGAUCUUUCGGCACUGACCUCAACACCAUCGAAGCUGGUUGGCAGGUGAGUCCGCAGCUAUACGGUGACAGUUCUGCCAGGUUCUUCACAUACUGGACGACCGACGCGUACCAAGCAACCGGAUGCUACAAUCUUUUGUGUUCUGGAUUCAUCCAAACAAACAACAUGAUCGCCAUCGGGGCUGCCAUCUCCCCGACAUCGACGUACGACGGUGGCCAGUUUGACAUCAGCCUGCUUGUCUGGAAGGAUCCGAACCAUGGGAACUGGUGGCUGGAGUUGGGGUCGGGGGAGCUGGUGGGCUACUGGCCGUCGUUCUUGUUCAGCCACCUGUCGGAGCACGCGAGCAUGGUGCAGUUUGGGGGGGAGAUCGUGAACACGCAGCCGCAGGGGCUGCACACCGCCACCCAGAUGGGGAGCGGGCAUUACGCCCGAGAAGGCUUCGGCCGGGCUUCCUACUUCCGGAACUUGCAGGUGGUGGACUGGGACAACAGCUUGAUUCCCGUGGCGAACCUGCGAGUGCUCGCAGACCGCCCCAGUUGUUACGACGUACAAGGCGGGAUCAACAGCGUGUGGGGGAACUAUUUCUACUACGGAGGUCCGGGAAGAAACGACGACAGAUGCACUUGAUCAAUGACACACAAGGAAGCUCCUUUUUUGCGCCUCCUCCUUCUUCUUCUUCGGGUCUUGUGAUGAGUGUUGAAGAAUUUUUGUUGAUUUCCGCCAUUAAUUGCUCGCUUGAUUACCUGAGUUUUGUUGAUUUCUGGCAAACCUGUAUCUCUGCCCAUUAAUUGUACACAGCUUUAGAGCUAGGCCUGUAAAAUUUGAAGCAUACUACAAUGGAAUUAUACACCAUAGCUAGUGAGUGUUUUUCUCA